AUGUCUGCAACACUUGUCCUCGAUAUUUUGUCUUCCUCCCCUCGAGCAAAGGCGCAAGGACUCCGCCGCCAGGGUCAUAAGCUUUCUCAAGAUGAGCGCAAAGCGAGGCGCAAAGAAUCACGACUCAGAACCAAAAGUCGUUCAAACCAAGGCCAACAUGGGGACAGAGUAGACAACGCGCAAGUCAGCAGCAGCACCUCAGACAUUUCGACCAAGGCUGAACGCCCUCAAUAUCUGAUAGGGGAUAUCGACGGGGAUGAUUUCCUCGCAGACUUGCAACCACACCGGCCUGCUUACACGAUCUUUGCAAAAGACGAUGAGAGCCCAAAUGAGCGCGCUAUCACCCUAGCAGACUACCACCUAGAGAAGCGGAGAACGCGCCAAUCUAAAGAAGCGUUCCCCGAUGAAAUUUUCGACUUUGACGCAUAUCUAACGAAUGACGACGCUCGGAACGAUCUUCUUCCAAGCAGCGACAACACUGAUCUGGCUCUGACAACCGCAACCGCAACCGCGAUCAAAGCAUCGCAGGGACAUUCAUCAGAAGCAAUGGGCAUCCCUGAUAUUGUUAUUGAUGCGCCAGAAGCAUUAUUAAGGCGAGGCACAGAUCGAACUGAUGACAGCGAACGUACCAAUCUGGCCUUCGAUGACCUUGAAGUAGCCGAGAUUCUUGCGAAUCUUCCCGGAAUGGAACAAGGAACAAGGGACAAUGCCCGUGACAAGACUUGA